CGACGAUUAAGAGUCAUUACAAGUCACAACGACAAAGUCAGUUAUAAGUUCUUGUGUAGAAUUGGGAGGCACCCUUAACGCGCCUAUAACAGCUCAGAAUUCUAUAGUAGAACUAUCCAGAAUAUGGUUGAUUGUCAUCGCUGUAACCGCUAUUUCAACUCCUGGUCUGCUUACCACCAGCAUGUCCGGGACUCCACCAAUCACUGGGAAUGCGGUCGUUGUCAACUCGACUUUGGGUCUAGUCUAGGACUCAAAGAACAUUACGUUCAGAGCCCCUACCACCAUUACUGCCAGUACUGUGACGACCAUUUUGACUCUGCAUCGGACCUACAGGAUCAUUACGAAGGCGAGCAUGCUUACUGUAGCUCUUGUCACAAAGUCUUCAAGAACGACUUUGGCUUGCACGAGCAUAACCGGCAGAAGCACGCUGACGUGUACUGUAUUGAGUGCAAAAGACUUUUCCGGUCUCCCAGCAACCUUCAGUCUCACUUGAACUCUAGUACACACCGUUCUAAAGACACUAUCUGCCCCUUCAACGGAUGUGGCUUGGGAUUCAUCAAUAAUUCUGCCCUCAUUCUCCAUCUUGAAUCUGGCUCAUGUCGAUCAGGCGUCAACCGACGCGUCGUUGACAACUGGGUCCGCACCAAUGAUCGCUCUAACUUGAUUACCAACCCAGCGCGGCUCAUCACCGCUGGCGAACGUGCCUACGUUAAGCUUAUCGCGACAGAGCAGUCGUGGAACGGGCAGGCUUAUGAAUGUGUUCUUUGUCACACCCAGUUCCGGACGUUGAUGGACUUGAACCGUCACUUGGCUAGCCCUCGCCACCAGGAGAAAGUCUAUCGGUGCCCUCUCAGUACCUGUCAAGCCCACUUUGUCUCCCUGAGCGGGUUGUGCCAGCACAUCGAGAGUGAGCGAUGUGGUGUGACGAAGUUCAGGGCAGUCCAAGACGCCAUGAACAAUCUCUUCGCCGGCGUUGCCCGAAUCACAAUUUAACAUGCCCUCGUGUUGUCUGCGUUCCUUCGCAUGCCAUAUCCACAUGGUUUAGUCACAGAUAAUCAGUUUCCAUUCUUCUACUAUACAUUUUUCAUUCUUCAACUAGCAUCACCGCCUUCCCUGUUACAAGUCACUAUCUGCGUACCUUAACAUCCUUAUCGAUAAAUCCAUUAUGAUAGUUUUUGAAAGCUCUAGCCAAAGCAGGUUUCUUGUUCCCCCUCAGUUGUAUAUGUAGUCAUACCUUGCAUGCAUCCUUAUUUCCGCGUUUCAAUUGCGCCGUAUACAUGAAUCAAAAUCGGAGUUGAUAGUGGGUCUCGUAAUCCCGUC